AUGGAUAGCAUGAGUGAGGCAUUUGAUCAAAUGCAAAUGGUCAAGGAUGUUCUAGCCAACAGUGAUAAAGUUUCAGAGGUCCUACAAGAGUCUACUCAUCAGUUCAACCUGCUUACUUCACCCACCUUCCUACCAAAGGUCAAGGAUCAAGGGAAAUUCACUCUCCCUUGCACACUUGGGCAUCUUGAGAUUGACAAUGCCUUAGUGGAUUCUGGAGCAAGCAUCAAUCUGAUCUCUCUCUCCAUGGCAGAGAAGCUAGGCAUUGCUGGAGCCUUGCAGCGCCCUACUACUUCAAUCAUGUUUGGAGAUGCAACUUCUAAGUCUCCUCUUGGAGUGUUCAAGAACUAUCACUUGAAAAUUGGAGAAUGCAUCAUCCAAACUGAUCUCACUGUGAUGGAAAUGGAAGAAGAGAAGGAUUACCUCUGUUAUUGGGAACCCCUUUCCUUAGUACAGUUGGCGCUUCAAUAG